AUGGCCGAGUCCAUUAUGGCGCUUUUGGGACAGAAUCCUACGACAGGUAUUGCAGUGGGUGGUGCAUUAGUAGUUGCAGCAGUUGGUCUGACAGCGGCCAAGGUGCUGAGUAGUGGAAAGACUUCGAUCUCAGAGACGACGACGGUUCCUAAGAAGAAGAAGAAGAACAAGAGCAAGAAGAAGACGGUGGAGACUCCUGCUGCUGCUCCUGCUGCUGCUGCUGAUGAUGAUGAUGAUGUUCCUGUUGCUGCUGCUUUGGAAGAAAAGAAGAGCGCGUCAUCAAUCAAUUUGGAGGAGUUUGUGGAUGACGGGCCGGAUUCCGAGGAAGAAGAGGCUAUUCGUGCUGAGAGGCGUAAACUUAAGCUCAAACAGAAGAAGAAAAAUGCCAAAGCCAAGCAGCGCGCGUCGGUGAGCUCGACUAGCAAGCCUACAGUGGAGACGGACAAGGAGAAGGAGAAGAAAAAGGCGGCGGCUGUUGCUCUUAAGCAGGAUGCUGACGAUGGAUGGGAAACGGUUGUCAGCAAGAAGAAGGCUGCUAAGGCCAAGCAACAGUAG